AUGCUGACAGAGGCCUCCUUAUCCUUCGAAUCGAAGAAGCAGGCGGGGCCACUGACGGACGAACUCUAUGCCCAAGGCUUCUCAGACGUGACCGUCCCCAUCGGCCCUGGCGUCAUCCUGGCGAUUGUCAUCCUGCUCCUGUUCCUUGCAGUGCACGAAGGCUUUGUCGCGUUUGGGGCAAAGCCGCUUCUUGCAAACCACGAGAAGCCCAACAGCAUACCGUUGCAAUGCACCUUUGCGGCAAAUUGGCUUCUCAUGAUGUUCAGCCUUUCAAUGCUUGUGCCGGACUCUCUGGAUUACGCACUGGCCAUGGGACACUCCGCCACUGCCAGCGGAGCUUUCCUCAGUGUGCCCUUUGUGGUUGCAAUGCUUGGCACGAUUUUGGGGAGACCUCUCACAAGUGAAGUGAAUUGGGAUCAGCGCUUUGCUCGAUCUUUCUGUGUGGUCUGCCAGGUCGUAACAGUUGCUGGGAGCCUAACCGUGGCAUUCUUGAUGCAGGCAGCCUCCCACUGGAGCGAUGCGUCGAAGCGCACUUCCUUCUGGUUCUUCCUCUUUGUAAGCGGUGCGAGCCAGUUCUUCAACGCUUUUCCGGCCGUGGCCUGGGCCACCAUGUGGAAUGUCGUCACACCCAACAGCCAGAAGACGAUCUGGAGCAUGAUCACCGUCGCCUGUCGCCACUGUGGCAUGGUCUUUGGCCCCGUGGCUUUUGCAGGCCUCAGCUUCUCGGUAAGGAGGGGGCAAGACAUCUCUCCAAUCAGCAUGAUGGGCUGGUCCUACGUCGGUCUCGCGUCCUUUCAAGCUCUGGCACUGAUCUCCACGUGCCUUUGCUUGCCGACGGUGGUGUCUCCUCCGAUGGAAGAUCAGAAAGCUGCGACGGAGGAUGAACCGAUGGAGCUGUGCCCGGAGGAGCUGGCACCAGAGUCGCGACAGGAGAUGGUGAGGAACAUCAUCAUGUACUGCUAUGAGCGGAUUUUCACCGUCGCCGCCGUCGAGGUCUCCACAAUGAUGCUCUUGGAAGUGCAAUUUGGGUGGUCGAGAGAAGCCUGCGGAGCUUCCUUCGUGUCGAUCGGCGUGACCACGGUGGCCACCACCAUCAUCUCCACCAUUCUGGUGAGCAAGAAGUGGGUCAGAGAGUCCUGGCUCUUCCUGGGAUCCACCUUAAUCGCCCUCUCCAGCGUCUUCCUGCUCUUUGACUGGCUCUUCAAUGGGGCCUUCGGGGGCUCCGCCCUUCUCUUCGCCGACUCCUUGGUCUACGCCUUCUCCGGCGUCUCCAACGGCAUCGCACAGGGCUGGGCUUCCCGGGCCGCCAUGAAGGGCACCAAGUACGACAUCCAGACCUACCGGGUGCAGAACGUGACUGCGGUGCAGGUCAGCCGGUUCCUGGUCCCCAUCCUCACCCGUUUCAUCGUGGAUUUCGGAGGCCGGAAUGUCUACGCCCUGGUUCAGCUGCUCAUGUGCGCCAUGGGCACCUCCACCGUCUGGCGCACCGUGAGCCUGGUCUGGCGGGGCCACAAGGCCACUGCCAAGAGUUCAGGCUGCAAUCCUGUGUGA